AUCUGAAACGGGAUAUCCGGUUUCAAGGAGGUCACAAAUUCUUUCUCACAGCCAUCUUGGAAAUAGCCUCCUGAGCUGCAACCAUGCCUGGCGAAGCAACAGAAACGGUCCCUGUCACGGAACAAGAGAUGCAGCAACCACAAGUGGAAACUGCUACACCACCUGUCCCAAGUUCCUCCCAGCAACCUCGGACAGCUGCCCCCGCUAAGUCCAAAGGCAAAGAUGCCAAAAGUGCUCAGGGUUCUUCUGCCCCAAAGGCUGUCCCAGGCAGAAGAAAACGCUCUUCUAUGUCUGCGUCUUCCUCUUCUCCUACCUCACCCAAAUCUACUCUAUCCUCAACUCCCCUGUCACCCGUUCCAUCUCCUUUAGCUUCUUCCCCUUCUUCUUUUCAGGGUACUCGUUCUGCCCCAAAGAUUGUAAAGGCUGGCAAACAAGAAAAGACAAAGAUCGAAGAGUCUUUUAAUCCUCAAAAUGUUAAAGUCAAUGAAACAAGUAAAAAAUCAAUGUGUAGCAAGCCAUUUGUUGGUGAUGAACCUGGCCAAGUUGAGCCAAAAAGAUCACCAGUUGUUGCAAAAGCUACUGCAGACCCAGCAACUUCCCAAUUUGCUGAAGUAGCUUUGCUGACACAUGCUAUUGUUUCUGCUGAUGAUGAUCUCCCACCACUUAUCCCACCUGAAAGGCAAAUGCAAAUUCCAAAUCAGUGUAAUAUCAUGACACCUGUAGGUGCAUCUAAAAAAGAAUCCAAAUCUAAGAACAUGCCUCUAGAGGAAAUACAGAAAAAGAACAUGCCCGCUGAGAUUCCUAAGAAAAAAAAUCUAACUCAAGAAAAAGAAGUCCCAACUGUUUCCUUGGAUACCAUAAAUGCAUUGCAAACUAAAUCCCCUGUAAAGGUAUCAAAUGUCAGCUUGGCCUCGGUUGAAGCUGAAUCCCUGGGGGAAAUUGAGAGUGUUAAGGCAGCAGCAGCAACAGCAAACACCUCUCCUGAAGCUGUCAAGCAAGCCCCUAAGGACAGUUCUGCUCCCAUGAAGGCUUCUCUGGUGGAGACUGCCAAAACAGCUACACAAGACAACGCUGGUAACCCAACUCCUUGGGAUAAACCUGGUCUAGUAAAGGUUGCCAAGGCAGCCCCACAGGACAAAAUUGCUGACAAUCCUGCUCCAGUGGGGAUUACCAAAGUAGUCUCACAGGACAAACCCACUUUUGUGGCGAUUACCAAUCCAGCCUCACAUGCAAAACCCGCUCCUGUUCAGGCUGCUAAGCAAGACUCGUUGGCCAAACCCGCUCCCGUGGAGACUGCCAAACCAGUUUCACACGACAAACCCACUUUUGUGGAGGCUGGCAAACCAGUUUCACAUGGCAAACCCACUUUUGUGGAGGCUGCCAAGCCAGUCUCACAGGACAAACCUGCUCCCGUGGAGACUGCCAAGCCAGCCCCACAAGACAAACCCGCUCCCAUAAUGGCUACCAAGCCAGUCUUACAGGAUAACCCUGCUCCCGUGGAGACUGCCAAGCCAGCCACACAAGACAAACCCGCUCCCAUAAUGGCUACCAAGCCAGUCUUACAGGACAACCCUGCUCCCGUGGAGACUGCCAAGCCAACCCCCAAGCACAGACCCGUUCCGGUGGAGACUGCUAAGCCAGUCAUGCAGGACAAACCUACUGCCAAGCCAGCCCCACAAGACAAACCCGCUCCCGUGGCGGCGUCUAAGCCAGCUUCACAGGACAAACCCACUUCCGUGGUGGCUACCAAGCUAGCCCCACAGCACAAACCCACUCUCGUGGUGGCUGCUGAGCUAGUAUCUCAGGACAAACCUGCUCCUGUGAAGACUGCUAAGCCAGUCUUACAAGACAAACCUGCUCCCGUGGCUUCUACCAAACCAGUCCCACAAGACAAACCCGCUCCCAUAAUGGCUACCAAGCCAGUCUUACAGGAUAACCCUGCUCCCGUGGAGACUGCCAAGCCAGCCACACAAGACAAACCCGCUCCCAUAAUGGCUACCAAGCCAGUCUUACAGGACAACCCUGCUCCCGUGGAGACUGCCAAGCCAACCCCCAAGCACAGACCCGUUCCGGUGGAGACUGCUAAGCCAGUCAUGCAGGACAAACCUACUGCCAAGCCAGCCCCACAAGACAAACCCGCUCCCGUGGCGGCGUCUAAGCCAGCUUCACAGGACAAACCCACUUCCGUGGUGGCUACCAAGCUAGCCCCACAGCACAAACCCACUCUCGUGGUGGCUGCUGAGCCAGUAUCUCAGGACAAACCUGCUCCUGUGAAGACUGCUAAGCCAGUCUUACAAGACAAACCUGCUCCCGUGGCUUCUACCAAACCAGUCCCACAGGACAAACCUGCUCCCGUGGUGGCUUCCGAGCCAGUCCCUCAGGACAAAUCUGCUGUCGUGGUAGCAGCCAAACCAAACUCACAGGGCAGGGCUGCUCCUGUAAAGUCCACAAAGCCAGCUCAAGAAGACAAGGCUGCCAAAACUGUUCCUGUGGUGGAUACCAAGCCAGCCCCACAGGAUAAACCCGCUCCCCUGGAGGCUACCAAGCCAGUCCCACAGGACAAACCCGCUCCCGUGGAGGCUACCAAGCCAGCCCCACAGGACAAACCCGCUCCCGUGGAGGCUACCAAGCCAGCCCCACAAGACAAACCCGCUCCCGUGGUGGCUACAAAGCCAGCUCCACAGGACAAACCCGCUCCCGUGGUGGCUACAAAGCCAGCUCCACAGGACAAACCCGCUCCCGUGGUGGCUACAAAGCCAGCUCCACAGGACAAACCCGCUCCCGUGGUAGCUACAAAGCCAGCUCCACAGGAUAAACCCGCUCCCGUGGUGGCUACAAAGCUAGCCCCACAGGACAAACCUGCUGUGGGAGCAGCCAAACCAACCUCACAGGGCAAGGCUGCUCCUGUAAAGGCCGCUAAGCCUGCUCAAGGAGACAAGACUGCCAAACCUGUUUCCCUGGAGGCUGCAAAGGCAGACCCUAAAGACAAACCCGCUCCCGUGGGGGCUCCCAAGCCUGUCCCACAGGAUGAACCCGCUCCCAUGGAGGCUGCCAAGCCAGCCCCACAGGACAAGCAUGUUGUAGCAGUGGCGGCGAAGAAAGCUGAGCUCAAGCCUGAUAUAGAAACCAAACCAGUUCCUGUGCAGAGCGCCAAACCAGUUGAGGACACCAAAUUGGUUUCCACACUUACUGCGGAUUCUUCUUCUGCCUCUGAAAAAAAGUCCCCCAAACUUACAUUUGCUGAAGCCCUUGCAAAGCCUGCCCCUGUCAAAUCUGAUGUUGAGAUAAGUACAGAUCCUGUCCCAUCACUUAAAACUGCUCCUACAGUUGAUCGAACCCCAGCAGUGGUGCAGCCUGUGAUCAAGAAUGAUAAGGGGUCUGGCACAGAAUCCGAGAGUGACGACUCAGUCCCGGAGCUCGAGGAACAGGAUUCAGCACAAACACAGACACAGCAAGCCCAGGUUGCGGCUGCUGCUGAAUUAGAUGAGGAACCCGUCAGUAAAGCCAAACAGAGCCGCAGUGAAAAAAAAGCACGAAAGGCAAUGUCAAAGCUUGGUCUCAGACAGGUAACAGGUGUCACCAGAGUAACCAUUCGCAAGUCCAAGAACAUCUUAUUCGUUAUUACCAAACCAGACGUGUACAAGAGCCCUGCAUCAGACACAUAUAUUGUAUUCGGUGAAGCUAAGAUCGAAGAUCUCUCCCAACAAGCACAGCUGGCUGCUGCUGAAAAAUUCAAAGUGCAGGGAGAAGCUGUGUCAAAUAUCCAGGAAAAUACACAGACACCAACAGUACAGGAGGAGAGCGAAGAAGAAGAGGUUGACGAGACUGGAGUUGAGGUCAAAGACAUUGAACUGGUAAUGUCACAAGCUAACGUAUCGCGGGCAAAGGCUGUUCGUGCCCUGAAAAACAACAACAACGACAUUGUCAAUGCAAUUAUGGAGUUGACAAUGUAAAGGGGACCCUGGCAAAAAGGAGUGUUUGUGUGGUUGCUGAUUCAAUAUUGGCUGAUUUAUAGAAUUUAUACCGACUAUGGAAAUAAAAUUGUGGCUUGACAAAAAUGAAAA